AUGGAAUCCGUAGAAUUACCUUGUAUCGAUCUUUCUGAAAAAAAUACCACAUAUCUCAGUUCGGAACUUCUUGAUGUUUGCAAAGACUGGGGUAUUUUUACAGUGAAAAACCAUGGAAUUCCAAUAGAAGAGAUAGAUUAUAUCUUUAGGAUUAGCGACGAGCUUUUUGAAUCACCUACGCAGGAAAAGCAAAGUUUACUACUCAAAGAGGACAGAUUGCAUUCAGAGUUUACAGGUCAUUUUUGUGAAGAGUCGGAUGUCAAGCAUCAACAUAAAAGAUUUCUGAAGGAUUCAUCUGAAGAUAUCCUUCGUUUACUUAAUUACAGCAUUCCCGAAGGAGUGGAACUGCAAGAUUAUGACGAAAAUGCUGGGGCCCAUUCUAAUUACGGAUCUAUUACUUUACUAUUUCAAAAAGACAAAGGAGGUUUAGAAGUUCGACCGCCAUAUCCACAUGUUGUAGCCGAUUGGGUCACAGUCUCUCUAGAAAAAGGAACGGUUUUAAUAAAUAUUGCAGAUAUAUUACAAUUUUGGACCAGUGGACAACUUAAGAGCACUGUUCACCGAGUGAAACUUGACCCAAAAAUGAAAACGCGACGGAAAAUUGCUUAUUUCGUAGCACCUGAUGCUAAUACUUCUUUAGUUCCAUUAUUUGACGAAAACAUGGAGGUUACUGGAGACAGUAAACGCAGGUUGAGUAAACACAAAAAGGUACGCUCUCAUCUAUGGUUAUGGCGAGCAUCUCAAGAUAAGGUCUGA